AUGUAUUGUACAUACUACUGUAACCCCCUUCACACGAGUUGCCAACCGAAGAAGGCUUUAUCGGAAAGUAAUUAUUAUAUUGAUUUUACGAAGCAGACAGGCACCCCUCCAGACUGGACCAUUGCAGAUUCUGAAGUUGUCAAGUUCACUUCCAAUGGAGCCGAGUUUUCUUACGCGAAACAAGGAGAUGCCCCGAAUAUGUGGACCGACUUCUACCUGCUUGGAGGCCGUUACGAUGUCGAAAUGAAAAUUGCUCCAGGUCAAGGUGUGAUCAGCAACGCCGUGUUAUGGUCAGAUACUCAAGAUGAGAUUGACUAUGAAUUCUCUGGCAACCAGUUCGGAGAGCAGCCAUUCCCACCUAAGGAUGGGAUGUGGGCUAUCGAGACGAGUAUCUUUUCACAGGGAAAGAUGUGGGAUGAUGCGGCAACCUACCAAAAAGAUGCUUUCAAGCCAACAGAGCAGUUUCACAAGUACUCGGUUGAGUGGGAUGAGACUCACAUGAACUGGUACGUUGAUGACAAGGUUGUCCGUAGCGUUCUGGCCAAAGACACUCCUAGCGGCUUUGCCUUUCCUCAGUCCCCCAUGAAGCUUCAACUUGGAGUAUGGGGAGGUGGUGAUCCAACGAACAACUAUUGGACUAUUCAUUGGGCUGGUGGCGAGAUAGAUAUGGACGGCGUUCCUUACACUACGUAUGUCAAGAGCGUCAAUAUCACAAACAAGUAUCCGGCCUGCCAGUACAAUUAUAAGGAUAAGUGGGAAGGCCGAUUCGAUCGAGAAGAUCACGGACGGCUGCGGUCCUUCGACUCGUCCCGCAAGGCUUGCUAG